AUGUCAUUACAAGACGGCACUGUCGAGAACGGCGCGGAACCGACUUACAAACACGAUGAGACGGCGAAGCCCACAAUUGAGGAAGAGACGCGAGUUGACAUGAUCAAGGAUUGGAUCAAAACGUGCGACGAGCAUCAUGGCUCUCCAUGCGUUGUACCCAAAGCGGACGCGGUCGCAUGGCCUACAUGGCUCAUUGACGUUGUAAACGCAUGCGUAAUUGAGGGUGAGGUUGCCGAGCGUUAUCUCACCCUCAGCUACGUAUGGGGCGGAGUGCAGACUUUACAGUUGAAUAAAGACAAUAUCGAUCGGUUGAGGCAGCAAGGAAGUCUCGUGAAAGAAGUAGUGACCCUACCCAGGACGAUACGAGAAGCUCUGGAAGUUACACGAUUUCUCGGACAGCGAUACAUUUUCGUUGACCAGCUUUGUAUCGUUCAGGAUGAUCAGCAGCAUAAAAUGACCGAGAUUCAAAACAUGACAGAGAUCUAUGGGAACUCUUACCUAACUCUUGUCGCUAUCACAGGUAGUACGGCCGACACUGGCCUGGCUGAUACUUUCGACAGAUGGAUACACCAAUCUCCGUCGGGCAUCAAGUAUCUGGAUGCUGACCACGAUUACUCGUUGACGCACGAAAUUACCGAGGGUAGUACAUGGAAUCAACGAGGAUGGUAA